CAAUUGCUCGCAAUUGCUCCAGGCCAUGGCUGACAAAUCCGAUUGUUUCUUACGCCGCGAUUUAAAGCCCCCGAAAGUUUGAAACAGUGCCAGAAAGAGGUUUCGAUUAGCUUCGGUAUUCGUAGCAAUACGAUAACGAAGAAGUGAGUUUCUCAAGUUAUUCUCAGGCGUUUGACUGUGUCCCCACGACGCGUGCACUUUCGAUCGUCGUUGAUGUGCGGAACGAACGCGUCUGUUUCCUAACCUCUCUAUCGGCCAGACGAUCGUACGAGCAUUCUGUUUACUAAAGCUUUAUUACUAAGAAGAAAGGACUUUUUUUUUUCCAGAGUAGUCUAUUGGCGAUUUUAUCUAUCGUCAUUAACAGAGUCACCAUGACAGGUGGAAAUACCGCUGAAAAAUCAGCUAAUAAUCCUUUGGAGCAGUUCGUGCUGCUUGCAAAAACUGCGAAAGGCGCCGCCGCCAUAGAACUUAUAAGGCAAGCCGUCGAAACGCCUGGCGUUCAUGUCUUUGGCGAGUUAUUGGACAUGCCAAAUAUCAAAGAAUUAGAGAACGGUCCUUAUGUCCAAUAUUGGAAUACUUUGAAUCUAUUUGCGUAUGGCACCUAUAAAGAUUAUCUGGAGAAUAAAGAGAAAGUAUUAGAGUUAACUCCUACGCAAAAAAAGAAGCUUCAGCAUCUUACAAUUGUCACUUUGGCCACGAAAAACAAAUGUAUACCCUACUCGGUAUUACUGGAAGAGUUAGACAUAAAGAAUGUCAGAGAUCUGGAGGACUUGAUUAUCGAAGCGAUAUACGCCGACAUAAUUCAUGGAAAGUUAGAUCAGAAAAAUUCACAGUUAGAAGUAGAUUAUGCCGGUUUAGGACGAGACGUUCGGCCGGGUGAUACCGGUGUAGUAGCUGAGACAUUAGCUGCCUGGGGUGAAGCGUGCGAUACAGUUCUGUCUUGUAUCGAACAGCAAAUAUCUAGAGCUAAUGUCGAGAAACAAAAGGCUACUUAUCAUAAAGAAAGAAUACAGAGAGAUAUUACUAAUAUAAAGAAAUCCCUCGCCGCUCAAGCAGGAGGUGGAGGCAUUCAAGAAGCUGAUAUAGCUGGUGGUAGUUCUGGUGCAGGAGGAAGCGAAGCGGGUAGAGAAGCCAUGCCGGUACUCUCAGAAAAGAAGAAGUUACAGAAAGUCAAAUGUAUCAAAGUCAGUGGGCGUGAAGAAUUUAAUUAGGAUUUGACGAUUCUCUAGAUGAAUUUGAUAAAUAAUGCAACGUGUAUUGCAUAUUUAUCAAUGCAUACGUGCCUACCCAUUGCCAGUUAUCACAUAAAACGGUAUGCCCAUUGUGACGAGUUGGCUUACGUGUACUUCCAACAAUAGUACCGUUCGUACUGUUUGCGUUCAGACUUUACAGAUUCUCGUUUUGUAAGGAUUUGUAAUCGCUAAACGAUUUACUGACGGAACAAUGCGUAACUAGUCCGAGAGGUCGUUUUCGAAGAACAUUGUAUAUUCAAAAAAUUGUAAAGGUAUGCCACUGAUGUAGCUUAGCAAAAAAAAUGUCAGUCGUCCGUUAAAGCGUUGUAAUUGCUAUUCGAAUAAAAAGAUAAUAUAUUUUA